AUCAAGAAUAAGCUAGCAGGACCCAAUAAGAUCAAUACAUACAUCGAUCUAGCGAGCUCGGUGAAGUAAUAUUACAAUGCACAAGAGUGUUUAGGUACGCCGCGGUUGCUUGUCGGGAGCAGAAAUGGACUCACAGAAAGAAUUGCUUCGUACUUAAUUGCACCGCGCGUACAUUAUCUCACAAAUUCUACACCAGCACAUGACCUCAACUGGAACAACCCAGGCGACCCCAGCCUCCGUGCUUCAGUUGAGCGUCUUCACGACGGUGAAGAUCCAGUCCGUCCCUGGGCCGGCAAAGUACAGCAAUUUCCCCGUGUGGGUGACCCUGGAGGCUCCGGGGGCAGGCCAGACGGCGCGGGCCCCGAUUGACAUGGUCGCGGCGGUCGACGUAAGCCGGAGCAUCCAUGACAACGAAAGGCUAGAGCAGGAGAAGGCUUCUGUCUCGCUAGUCAUCGACCUUCUGCUCCCCGGUGACCGCCUCGCUGUCGUGCCAUUCGAUGAAGACGUCGCCAAGCACGCAGAGGAGCUUGUCGACAUGUCUGACCAGGGCAAGGAGAAGGCUCGGAGCACGGUGAAGUCACUCACCACCGGUUACGGCACAAGGCUGUCCAAGCCCCUAGAGAGGGCCGAGCAGAUCCUUAUGGAGCGGGGUGACGUGGAGCGCGCAGCCUUCAUUAUCCUGCUAUCGGAUGGCGGCGACACGUCCAUACUGAAAGAUAAGGAGUGGGAAAGAACGGACACCAGCGUACUAAGAGACCCCAAAUACCCCGUGCGCACGUUCGGGUUCACGGGCCACAACGCCAAGACGAUGGAAUUCAUCGCAACCAGAACCAAAGGGACAUACAACGCAAUUGAUGGCGCCGGCAACGACAUCUACCACAAGUUCUCCGGUGUUGUAUCAGGGCUGCUGAGCAAGGCCACGUUCCGCCUGUUCUCCGCGGUCGGCUUGGAGGCUCAGCUCGCAGCCGUGCACCCGGGGGUGUCGCUCGUGAGGAUAGAAUCCAGAGAGCAAAGGACCAACAUCAGCGACGAUGGGAGGUCUGGAAGCGUUCGCGUAGGUGCCAUGAAGGCCGGAGAAACGACGGAGUUUACAGUGUACCUGGACGUGCCGGAAGGUGAUGCGGGCAUGGAGGCCAUGGAGGUGUUGUCCAUCGGCGGAGUGUACACGCAGGGCUGGGACGGAAAGCGGGUUGGGUACCGCCGAGGUGGCGUAGCUAGCCUGUCGUACCAAAAACAAUGAAUGAACAUCAGAACAUAUGAAUGUGGUCCAUGGCAAAGGUCUCGACAUGGCCCUUGUGAGACAAGCCUUCGACGUUAUUCAAAUUCUUGAUAAGCCAAGUAUAAAAUAAGAGCAAGCCUCUGUUGCAUCUCGCCAUGGUGAGAAUCAGAUCAAUAAAGUGAAGAGCAAUUCCUCUGCUUCUUGUCUA